UUUCACUCUUUUGAAAACUUCAACAAUUAACAGAACCUUGUUUGCAUAUCUGUUCGUUCGGCACUUUUAAAUCGUGAAUGUUAACACUAUCAUCCAUUAUUAAUGAGUUUUCUACUACAGCAAAACAAGGCUACAGGGGGUGCGGUCUUUCCUAGAGCCGAGAACGGAAGCGGAAAUUCGGCCAUCUCCUCGUACAGUCAAGCUACAACAGGUUUUCCUCUCCCAACGCCUGAGGAUUCGGGACCCAAUGUUGCCACGGGAAGAAACCGACAAACAGAGAAAUAGCACUCGGUGAAUGAGUGGCACACAAGUCAGAAACACGAAAGAUACAAAGAGGAGAAACCCUUAUUCUGCAUCAUCUUGUGUAACAGAUCGCAACAGAACUCGACGGCCAGACCGUUGCCAUGUCGACCUCAUCGCUACGGCGACAAGUAAAGAACAUGGUCCACAACUACUCAGAGGCUGAAAUCAAGGUCAGAGAGGCGACCUCCAACGACCCAUGGGGCCCCAGCAGCUCUCUGAUGUCAGAGAUUGCUGAUCUGACAUACAAUGUUGUGGCCUUCUCGGAAAUCAUGAGCAUGGUGUGGAAGCGCCUCAAUGACCACGGCAAGAACUGGAGACACGUGUACAAGGCUAUGACUCUUAUGGAGUACCUGAUCAAGACCGGUUCAGAACGUGUUGCUCAACAGUGCCGAGAGAAUAUAUACGCAGUCCAGACCCUGAAGGAUUUUCAAUUCAUAGACCGGGACGGCAAAGACCAGGGGGUCAACGUGCGAGAGAAAGCCAAACAGCUGGUGACGCUGCUGAAAGAUGAGGAGAGACUAAGAGAGGAGAGGAUCCACGCCCUCAAAACCAAAGAGAAGAUGGCACAGACCUCGAGCGCCUCCUCCGCUCCCUCAGCACCCAGCCUGGGGGGCAGCCUGUCAGCGGGCUCCCACUCUGGAGGGGCGGACCCUGAGCAGGCCUGGCCACAGAGCACCGGGGAGGAAGAUCUGCAGCUCCAGCUGGCCUUGGCCAUGAGUAAAGAAGAGGCAGAGCAGCUCCAGCUUUGCUCUCACCAUGUCAUGCCUGACCUACCCCAGACUGUCAAGGACCCUCUGGAGGACGCAGAGUUCUGCUAUGCAAUCACACUCAGCAAAGAGGCACAACAAAAGGAAGAGCGACUGCGUCGAGGUGACGACCUGAGACUGCAGAUGGCCCUCGAGGAGAGCCGGAGGGAGAAAUCUAAGCCUGAGGAGGGGGCUCUGAUGGAGCUGAGUGCCGCGGACCCCUGGGGGGCCCCGGCCGCCGCCACAGCGGGGAGCUCAGCAGGCCCGUCGCCUCCCAGCACACUUCCCGCCCCGACCACCUCGGGUCCGUGGGGCCCCGCCCCUGCCGACCCGUGGGGGGUAGCGUCACCCACAUCGCCUACAAGUUCUGACCCCUGGGGUGGGGGAGCUCCCCCACCCGCCAUAGCCCCUCCUCCGGACCCCUGGGGAGAGACGUCCAACAGGGUUAACAAUGUCGACCCCUGGGGGAGCACAGCUGUGACUCCCCCCAGUGCUGACCCCUGGGGUCCCUCAGUUCCACCCAGCACGUCCUCCUCGGGGGGGCCAGUAGACCCCUGGGCAAGGGACGGGCCUGUCCUUGUCUCUGACCCUGUCACCUCCGACAUCUGGAGUGGCACCGCCAAACACACAAAUGGCACAGGAGACCCAGAGCGACGAGGGUCCCCAGCCACAGGCUGCAACAGCACAGGCUCCCCGGUGCCCUUUGACCUGUCAUCUCUUGGUUCUUCACUUCCUAUACGUAAGACUCCUGAGUCCUUCCUCGGCCCCAACGCAGCGCUGGUGGAUCUUGAUUCCCUGUUGUCGUCUAAACCCAAACCCAAACAACCGCCGCCUCCUUCCAUCUCUUCGUCGUCAGCGCACAACCCCUUCCUCCAGAACACAGGCUCAUCUCCUGCCCCUGGCAUGGCAGUGACUCCUGGCAGCACCAUUUCCAGCAGAGUGGUUUCUCCAAUAUCAGCUUCCUCCAACCCUUUCGGCGUUGCUGCGUCCAUGACCUCCAUCUCGCCUCAGCCCUCGUCACUUGGCCUGAGCGGCCUGCGCUCCAGUCCCGUGCCUCCCAAUCCCAUGCUGGGCAUGGUGCAUCCGGGAAUGGGCCUGGGGCAAAUGAGUGUGGGUAUGGGUGCUCCGGGAAUGGGCCUGGGCAUGAUGCAGGCCAGCCCCAUGGGCAUGCCCUACAGCGGGCUCUCGCCGAUGGCCCCCCCGGGCUCAUCUCUGUUAGCCGCAGCACCCCCUCAGCUGAUUUUGGGUGGGCCCACUGGAACAGGAGGAGCGAUGGGAGCAGGAGGCUCGCUGGGAGGUGGAGGAACGACGGGAGCGAGCACCAACCCGUUUCUCCUCUGAGGAAGUGUCAGUCUCCACUUUGCUCACCUGUUUUGAGCUCCUGCUGCCCCCUUAAUUCACCCCUCCCCCCCUCCUCAACACGAUUUGUGUCCAAAAA